CAUUUCUAAUUUUUAAAUAAAAUAUUGUGUUUCCGUUAUUUACAUAACCCAAUUACAAAUUUUCAAGCGAUUUAUGAAAAUUUAAGAAAAGUUUUCAAAUAUAAGUACCAAGUAUUUUACAUGUAUUUUACGCUUUCGCGCUGUUCGCGUCUCUUCCAUCUCUAUGCACUGGAGACAGAAAGUGUGGGAGAGGGAGAACAUGGCGGAUGAGUGUGAUAUAAUUGGAAUUGGGAGUACUGUGACUUGCAAGAGCUGUUUUGGUGAAGAAAUCACAGGAGAAGUUAUUGCAUUUGAAAGGCAAACCAAGUUUUUGGUUCUCAAGCGCCCACCCACCAUAGUUCACCCCACACAAUGUGACAUCACAUUCCUGAACCUGAACAAGGUUGAAGACCUGAAAAUCAUCAGGGAGGUGAACUCGCCGGCAGAAGUGACACUUCAGAAGCUGGACACUAACAUGCUCUCGGCCAGGAAGGAGGCUGAACUGGAGAAGAAGCGACGCCUGGUGGCCGCUAUCAAGGCCAACGUGUCCGACGAGGGACGCGACCUCUUUGCUCACAUCGCCAAAACGCUGGAAGAGAUCCAGUGGAGUGGCACCGAUAUCGUCGUCAUGAACCAAGUCACCAUCCGGGCGCCCUAUAAGACGGCCAACAUGGACGGUCAGCCCGACAGCCAGGCGUACAAAUACGUCUCGAAAAUCGUGGAGAAGUUCAACACGGAGCGGAGUGCGGCGACCUCACCGGGCGGCCAGUAGCCCGCCCGUCCGCCCGUCCGCGGCGUGUACCAGUGCAUUAUUUAUGAACGGCUGCGGAGGAGCGCGGGUGACUGCUCGGCGAGGAAGGCUCCGCCGCGCGCCGCGCGCGACUCGGACGUCCGCCAGUGAGAGUGGAGCGCCGCGCGCCCCGGCCCGGCGGCACCGCGGGUGACUGGCUGAACCCAGACUGCGGCUCGCCACCAGCGCCGGCGCGCGGCUCGUUUGUAUUAUUUUCUAUAUGCGGUCGGUGUGUGCGUGUGGGGCCGGUGGGCAGUGCCCGCCCCUGCUGCGGCGGCAUUUAGUAUACAGAGCGGACGCCCUCGCCCCGUUGGCGGGGACGUCCGCUUAGGAGGCCUAGGUCCGCCCGGCAGGUUGGCCCGCGGCUGCGUGCGACGACAGGGAUCACAGUCAGACGCGGACAGACUGACGCACAGACGUCGACCGACUUUCAGACACUGACACUGGACACAUUGGGCGGGGUGGGCGACACUUUUGUACCGUCUAUGUGGCGUCUGACGGAGUGGUCCGUCGUAGAGUGUAUGUAUGUGUGUAUGGGAGCGGCGGACAGAGUGAUUGGGCGAGUGGGAGCGCGUGUCAGAGUGUGGGAGGGCGCACUCCCAGCGGCGGAGAAUACACUUCCUGCGCUGACCGUG